GCGUUGCAUUCUGGGUACGGUCACUUUAAAAAAUGGCGGACGACGUAGAACAGCAACAGACCACAAACACGGUCGAGGAACCACUGGAUCUCAUUCGGUUGAGUCUGGAUGAGCGAAUUUAUGUAAAGAUGCGGAAUGACAGGGAGCUACGUGGAAGACUACACGCUUAUGACCAACAUUUGAACAUGAUCCUUGGGGAUGUGGAGGAGACAGUGACGACAGUGGAGAUCGAUGAGGAGACCUAUGAAGAAAUUUACAAGUCGACGAAGAGGAACAUUCCCAUGCUGUUUGUCCGUGGAGAUGGCGUCGUGCUAGUCGCUCCCCCACUGAGAGUCGGCUAAGCUCUGAACGAAGGACACUUUGGACUGUAAAUUGUUAUGAAUAUCGGCUGGUUUUGUUCAACCACGGAUUUGUAAAGUUUUUGUAUCUUGAGUUGAAAAAUGUCACAAGUUAACAUCUGUGUUACAUGCUUGGUAAAUUGUAUCUUUCAGUUAGUCCUUUGGAUGUGAGCUAUGUGGAUUUUCUUCCAUACAUGCUUUAUAUUCACAAUAAAACUCUUGAUUUCUUUCAAUAA